AUGGCUGUCCCCAGGAGCACUCUGAGCCUGACACCCUGGGAACAGGAGAGCUUCUUCCAAGUGAAAGUAGAAGAUGAUGAGGCAGACUUCUCCCAGAGCCCGGAAUCUGGCCGUGGUGACCACACUGCGCACCUUGAGGCUGCACGUCUGCGCUUCCGGAAGUUUCGCUACCAGGAAGUGGCAGGACCCCACGAGGCCCUGGUCCGGCUGCGUCACCUCUGUCACCAGUGGCUGCGGCCCGAGGUGCGAUCCAAGGAGCAGAUGCUGGAGCUCCUGGUGCUGGAGCAGUUCCUGGGGGCACUGCCCCCCAAGAUCCAGGCCUGGGUGGGGCCCCAGUGCCCUGAGAGUGGUGAAGAGGCGGCCAGACUCGUGGAGGAUCUGACCCAGGUGCUCACCAAGAGAGGGUGGGAGCCGGGACCAGAGCCCGCAGAAGCAAGCUGCAAGCAGAGCAGUUGGGAAGAGUCACAGUCAUCAGACACAGUCACCGAAACCUUCAUGACGCUUACGUCUCCAGCACUUAUUAGCAAUGCUUGGGACCCUGAGGACGGCUCAGAGAGGUGGGCAGGACUCUCAGAGGAGACCUGGACCAAGUCUGUCACCCAACAGAUGGAGUUCAGGACAACUUCAGGGUCUCACAAGGAUGCCUCCACAGACCAGCCCAGGUGUGACUCUGGUACCUUGAGGCCCAGUCCCGCUAUGUGUCCAAACUCUGCCUCCGGAGAAGAGGCUCCUUCAGAAGAGAAGUGUCCUCCAUGCAUAUACUCAGGGCUCAAGUCCUCCAAGUGUGAUGGCUGUGGGAAGAUGUUCAGGAGCCCCUCAGCCCUCCAGGCUCACCAGAAGAGCCAUUCUCGGAAGACACCCUACGCCUGCAGAGAGUGUGGGAAAGCUUUCAGCCGGAGCACUCACCUAGCCCAGCAUCAAGUCGUCCACACAGGGGUGAAGCCCCAUGAGUGUAAAGAGUGUGGAAAAGCUUUUAGCCGAGUCACCCACCUGACUCAGCAUCAGAGGAUUCAUACUGGAGAAAAACCCUACAAAUGUGAGGAAUGCGGUAAGACCUUCAGCCGCAGCACCCACCUGACCCAGCACCAGCGGGUCCACACAGGGGAGCGGCCCUAUGAGUGUGAGGAAUGCAGGAAGGCCUUCAGCCAGAGCACCCAUCUGACUCAGCAUCAGAGGAUCCACACUGGGGAAAAACCAUACAAGUGUGAUGUGUGUGAAAGAGCUUUCAGUGACUGUUCAGCUAUGAUCCGACACCUGAGGAUCCAUUCUGGAGAAAAGCCAUACCAGUGUAAGGCUUGUCCAAAGGCCUUUGCCCAGAGCUCCUCCCUCAUCGAGCACCAGAGGACUCACACAGGUGAGAAACCCUACAAGUGCAGUGAUUGUGGGAAAGCCUUCAGCCGUAGCUCAGCCCUCAUGGUUCACCUGAGGAUUCACAUCACAGUGCUGCAGUGA